UCUGACUUGACAUGAGGUCAAUAGACGAACCGACACACAUUAAGUGGACGUGAACCUUGCGGUUUCCUUGCCGACACCACUGCAGUAAAAUGAUUUCUCAAUGAUCAGACAGCUCCUCCUCGCCUCCUUGUUCAUAACUGCCUUUGCUCAAUGGGAUGUCAUCACCCAAAAUGAAGCCAAACGAACCCAGAUCUACUGCGGGGAAGAACUCAACAAAGCCCUGUUCCUGAUCUGUGGUGGCUUGUAUAACUCUCCCUUCAAGAAGUCAUCCCUCCAAUCAUAUGACGAUUAUUAUUCAGACUACAACCUGAUGGACUCUUUGGAACAAUCAGGAAAUGAUUACAGAUUUCCAUUUCAUCCAAAAGCCCGAGCAAUGUCGGCCCUUCAAUACAAGAGACUAAAGAGAGGAGUUCAUGAUGAAUGCUGCCGAAAGAGCUGCAGCAUAAAUGAAAUAAAGGGUUACUGCCUCAAGAGAAAUUGAACAGAACACGUCCAAUUUCAAUUACUUGCUCAACAGUACUAGAAUUUUACUAUUUUUUUUGUUUUAAGAGCUCAUGUGAUAUUUUGAUUUGAUAUGGUUAUCCUUUUUAUAUGGUGAUUGAACAUUGAUGAAUAAAAGAUUGUAUAUUUGAAAUAAUUCAUUGAUUUUAUAUUAAAUAACCUAAAUCUA